AUGGAAGAGGCUGAAUUGUUAAAUAGUUCUGAGGGUGUGCGGAAUGCCGUUACUCGCAAGGAGCGCAAGCGACAGGAAAAGGCUGAGAAGCACCUUGAGGAACUUCGUGUUUUGAGCGAUCGAGCGAAUAACGUUAAUAAGGAGGGUGAUAACCCUUUUUCUGUUACAUGGGAGCUUGAACAAAUGCCGGAGGGUUCUCGAAAUAUUUCCUUGAAAAAGGUCUCUGUUUCCGUGAAUGGCAAGGUGCUCUUUAAGGAUACGGUCGUGAAGCUUUCUGCAGGUUCACGUUACGGACUAAUGGGUCCAAAUGGGAGAGGGAAGUCGACUAUUCUUCGUUUGUUGAGUACCCGAGAGUUACCUGUGCAGUCGAAUCUUGAUCUGUUGCUUGUAGAACAGGAACAGGAGUUUCACGCCUCUGAUUUGAGUGCGGUUGAUGCUGUUCUGGAGAGUCAUAAGAAGCAGAAGGAAUAUUCGACUGAGGCGGUGACCUUGCGCGGGAAAGUGGAGCUUAAUGAAGUGGAAUUCGCCCGAUUACAGUUUUUAGAAGAUGAACUGGAAAUGAUGGGCGCAUCUCAAGCUGAGGCCCGUGCCCGUCGUAUUUUGUUUGGUUUGGGCUUUCCAACGGAGUGGCAUGAGCGUCCAACAAAGAGCUUCAGUGGCGGAUGGCGUAAGCGUAUCGCGUUGGCAUCUGCUGUUUUUAUUGAGCCGGAUGUACUGAUGCUAGAUGAGCCGACAAACCAUUUGGACUUGAAUGCUGUCAUUUGGUUGGAGUCGUAUUUGUGUGAGCAGUACAGUGAAAAAGUGCGGCGUCCAAAAACUCUUGUUGUUGUUUCUCAUGAUGCCGGAUUUCUUGAUGAAGUUUGUACUCACAUGGUUCAUGUGGAGAAUCAUCUGCUGAACUAUUAUCGUGGUGGGUACAGUGGGUUCGAUGAACAGCUGCGUCAGCGGCAUCAGGAGUUGGAUAAGAAAUAUGCAGCCGUUUCCAAAACGAUAAAGGAGAAGAAGCGCAAUGGAAUGUCGAAUGCACAGGUUGACGAUUGGAUAAAAGAUCAAGUUCGCACAGGUCGUUUAGAUCCAUUGUACCUUGAAAAACGUCGUGACUAUAUUGUCAACUUCCCUUUUGCUGAACCGCCCGAGUUGCCGGAUGCUUGUAUUUUCAAGCUGGAGGAUGUUUCAUUCAACUAUCCUGGUGGACCGGUGUUAUUUGAAAAUGUCAAUUGUGCCCUGUGGACAGACAGCCGCAUCACAUUGUGUGGUCCCAAUGGUAUUGGCAAGAGUACAUUGUUGAAUAUUAUGACCGGUGAACUGAACCCCACCGUAGGUGUUGUUACGAUUAAUCGGAAGGUCCGUGUCGGCCGCUACAACCAACAUUUUGUGGAUAAAUUGCCUUUGGAGAAAACGGCGGUAGAAUAUAUUCGGUCCCUGGGCAUCAAUGAGGAGGACAAGGCGCGCCGUCAACUGGGCAGUUUUGGUUUGGAGGGCAAUGUGCACAAAAAUCAGAUUGCUACCCUAAGUGGGGGGCAAAAGGCUCGUGUUGCCUUUGCGGCAAUCAGCACGGAAAAGCCCCAUUUUCUUCUCUUUGACGAACCAACGAACCAUUUGGAUGUGGAGUCGAUCGAGGCCCUCUGCGAAGCGAUUAAAGCGUUUAGGGGAGGGGUGCUGGUGGUGACACACGACGCUCGUUUGAUUGAGGAAACAGAGAUGCAGAUUUGGGAGGUGGGGAACCGUACUGUAACGUCGUUCAAUGGUACGCUUAGCGAGUACAAAAAGAAGGUGCGAUCGAUCUUUGAGCGGGAGGAGGCCGAGGCGAUGAAGGAACGGAAGCAGGUGCUGGAGACGAAACUGAUGAAAAAUCGUCUUGUGCGCCAAGGCGAUGGCAGAAACGUGGAGGAGUUACGACGAGAAAUGGAGGAGAAGCAACAAAAGCAGCAGGUGGUGGACGUGGAUAACGCGUUUGACUUCCUGGAGAAGCGGGGAAAAAAGAAGAAGGAAAAGAAGGAGAAGGCAGCUAAAGGUGGCUAA